AUGCCAGAAAUUGUUCGUCGCUCAUACACCUUUUGGUACUAUACUCCCUCACUGGCUGCGGCAGUCAUCUUCAUGGUCAUUUUCAUGGGAUUGACUGGGCUUCAUUCCCGGAAGAUGUUCGCAACUAGAACCUGGUUUUGUAUUGCGUUCACCCUUGGUGGCUUGUGUAUGUUAGCACACUUUAGAAUGGAUCUGCCUACCAAGCUUUUAAAAGCUAACUCUUCUUUCCCAGUUGAAAUCAUUGGCUAUAUCGGUCGCGCCAUCGCACAUAUUCGUCGCGUCGGGACUGAACAUCUUUCGGUCAUCCGCGUCUCACGUCUGACAAAGACCUGUGUCUGGGGCGAUGUUUUGUCUUUCAUCGUCCAAGGCAAUUCCUCUUCUCUCUCGGUUUUGGGUUAUGCUCAAUGGGGAAAAGUGUGUGUCGUUGUUGGACUAGCGAUCCAGCUUAUCUCAUUCUCCAUUUUUUGGAUCUCAGCCAUUGUAUUUGAGAGGCGUAUCCGCCGCAAUCCUACUCCCGAAUCUCUCCAACCGGGAAUUCCAUGGAAGAAGACAUUAUACAUGCUUUAUGCUGUGAGUGCUUUGAUCAUGAUCCGCUCAAUUUUUCGCAUCAUUGAAUAUGUGCUUGGGAACAGUGGAUAUCCCUUGCAACACGAAUGGACGAUGUAUAUCUUGGAUUCUGUCCCGAUGGCGAUUGUCAUGAUUAUCUACCUGACGUGGUAUCCCAGUGGUAUAAAGGCCAAAACUGAUAUUGAGGCAAGUGUUCCCCUUGGACAUGUGUACUCGAAGAGGCAUAAUCUCAAGCUUGCUGCAUAUGAAGACUGGCAGAAACUCAAGUCUUAUACUCAGGAGUUGCUGCGGUCGGACGAUGACGGAUGGGUGCCUCACCAGCUUGAUUUUAACAAGGUCAAAGCCAAGCAUGAUGAUCUGCUUGAGUUCGUCGUCCAAAGAGAAUCAGAAAGGCUUUUGAAAGCGGAGGCAAGUAAGCUUUGGUUCUAUACUGAGGAUAACAAAUGA